AAGUACCAAUCUCCAAACUUCCUACACUAGGCCUCUUCUCUAUAUAUAUCACUCUGAUUCACUCGCAUCUCAUAAGCCACAUAAGUGUCACCACCAAGCUAAGCACAUGGAGAAACCACAUGCAAAGUCUGCACUUAAGAAAUUUGUGAAGGUAGGCUCGGAGUCCGGCGCUCUUCCUUGGAGCUCUGCCGCCAGUGCCAGAAGAAUGGCAAAGGAGGAAGUCAAAGAGCAACUUUCUGCGGACAAAUCGAAGGCUACCCAAAAGCUUGCUGCAAAAGAAAAUACCAAGCCUGUAGAUUUCAAACUCCACACACAACAGAGAGCUGUCAAGCGUGCGAUGUUCAAUUACUCGGUUGCUACCAAGCUGUAUCUCAUGGAGCAACAGAAGAAAUAUGAAGAGAAGUUGCAAAAGAUGAUCGAAGAGGAAGAGGUACGGCUGCUGAGAAAAGAGAUGAUUCCUAGAGCCCAGUUAAUGCCUUUGUUCGAUAGGCCCUUUUACCCACAGAGAUCGAGCAGGCCCUUGACCAUCCCUAGAGAGCCGUCAUUCCGGAUGUUGAGCAGCAAAUGCUGGACCUGCAUGUAUUGCACCCAUCAGCUCUACAGCUUCCAUCAGCACUGUCACCCCUUGAAGCCCAUCAAGUGACGGCAGUGCGUGCGGUAUCGAUGUUCGUUACAAUAGUCAUUAGAGAGACAGCCUCAGAUUUCGCCAUCCAUCUUUUGUUUCUCCUCUUGAGUGGGUUCUACAUAGUGUUGCAAAUAAGCCAUUUUACUCUGCCUGUGUUGCGAGUUUUCCCCCGAGUUUUUUGAGAGCUUAGUCUAUGGUUUUGCAAAGUGUCCCAUAGAAGUUUUUGGUGAGAAAGAGAGAGAUAUGACUCGUUAUAAUAGUCCAAAUAAGUCUGUAUCAUAUGCUACCGGUAUCAUAAAUGUCAACACCAGCCUCUCUCCUCCCA